CAAUCACAGCCGUCUCAUAAUUUUCCCCCACUGGAACGGCUGACGGGGUAAAGCGGGAAAAGAAAAGCGAAUAUACACGCAUAUGUGUAUAUACGUACGUUUACGACCACUCUACGGAAGCUGCCUAGUGAAGAAGGUAGUGAACAACUUGUUUUGGAAGGUGACAGAAAUCACAUGCAUAUAUAACUCAUGCUUUCUGGUCUCUCUUUCACGAACGACUAAUCCUGCUUGAUAUUCCAACACAUUUCCCUCUCGCUACGUCUCAGUCAGAAAAUCAGUUUCUGAAGGUACUUUCGGUUUUGGCUGGAAAUUGCCUCUCAAGAUAUAGCGAGUCAUUGGACUAGAAUGGGCGAAGAAGGAACAGCAAAGGAUACGGUGGUAACUCAAAUUAGCAUUGGUGGAUUCGGCAAUGAUGUAACAGCUAAAGAUCUUAUGGAGUACUUGGAAGGUGCCAUUGGAGGUGUUUGGCGUUGUAGAUUGAAGACCUCUUCGACUCCUGCCGAGUCCUAUCCAAAUUUUGAUGUCAUUGACGAUGAAGACAUCCAAAGGACAAAGGAGUACAAGAAGGUGGAGCCGCAUGCCUUUGUGCAUUUUGCGACUCCUGGAUGUGUGACUGAGGCUGUGGAUGCUGCAGGGAGUUGUAAGCUUUUCUGGAAGGGCAAGCCACUGAAGGUUAGUCUGGGUCCUGAAAGCCCUUUCCGGCUGAAUCAGCGAAGGAAGAAUAUAAUUCCUUUUAAGUUAUCGAAUGUAAUUGUGGAAAUCGGGACUCUUGUCAGCCGCGACGUGUUCUAUGUUGGAUGGAGAGGACCAUCUUCUGGAGUUGAUUUUGUGGUGGAUCCAUUUGAUGGGAUAUGCAAAUUUUGUUUCACAAGGGAUACUGCUUUCUCUUUCAAGAGUUCUUCCGCGAUUGCAGUGAUGAAAUGUGAUUUUAAGGUGGAGUUCUUGGUAAGGAAUAUCAAUGUGGCUAAACAAUAUUCAGACAUGUCGCAUCUAGUUGUUCUGUUGCAGCUGGCGUCUUCUCCUCAUAUUUGGUAUAGAACUGCCGAUGAUGAUAUUGAAGUAUCUGUUCCAUUUGAUAUGUUAGAUGAUGAUGAUCCUUGGAUCCGAACCACAGAUUUGACAUCUAGUGGGGCCAUUGGUAGAUGUAAUUGUUACAGAGUUUCAAUCCCACCACGCCAUGGUGCAAAGUUGAAGAGGGCCAUGGAUUAUCUCAGGCAGCGAAGGGUGCAGGAGGAAUCCCUUAGACGACCGUUGAAGAUCCUGAAUGAACCUGAUUUUGGGCUAUCCAUGUCAGAUCAUUUCUUUUGUCUUCAUUACAAGGAAGGGAUAUCCUUUGAGAUAAUGUUCAUGGUGAAUGCUGUCAUGCACAAAGGCAUCUUCAACCAAUACCAGUUAUCAGAUGAUUUUUUUGAUUUAAUAAGAAAUCAGUCUGGGGAGGUUAAUGUGGCCGCUCUGAAGCAUGUAUACAAUUACAGACACCCAGUAAUUGAUGCAUGCAAGAGGUUGAAGAGCGUUCAAGAAUCUUUGCUGAAAAAUCCCAAGCUUUUAAGGUCCCGUCAGCAGUUGGAAGAGCAAGCUGAAAUCAGGAGAUUGGUUAUAACUCCGACUAAGGCUUAUUGCCUCCCGCCAGAAGUUGAAGUCUCCAACAGGGUUUUGAGAAAAUAUAAACAUGUUUCUGAUCGGUUUCUGAGGGUUACCUUCACAGAUGAAGGCAUGCAGACACUUAAUGCAAAUGUUAUGACAUAUUACGUGGCUUCUAUUGUAAGCGACAUCACAUCCAAUUCUUUUCCUCAGAAAACGAGAGUCUUUAAAAGGGUGAGGAGUAUUCUGACUGAUGGAUUUCACUUAUGUGGUCGAAAAUACUCUUUUUUAGCAUUCUCAUCCAAUCAAUUAAGGGAUCGUUCUGCUUGGUUUUUUGCUGAAGAAAAGAAGUUGAGCGUGGCGGACAUAAAAAAUUGGAUGGGGCGUUUCACUAACAGGAAUAUUGCAAAAUGUGCUGCCAGGAUGGGUCAAUGCUUUUCCUCUACUUAUGCAACAGUAGAAGUCCCAUUAACUGAGGUCACAGAGCUACCAGAUAUUGAGAGGAAUGACUAUGUUUUCUCUGAUGGCAUUGGUAGGAUCACUCCAGAUCUAGCGAAGGAAGUUGCAGACAAACUGAAAUUGGGCACGGAUCCACCCAGUGCUUAUCAGAUUCGAUAUGCUGGUUGCAAAGGGGUUGUGGCAUGUUGGCCAGCACAAGAUGUUGGAAUACGAUUGUCUUUAAGGCCUAGUAUGAACAAAUUCCACUCAAAACAUACCAUACUGGAAAUCUGUUCAUGGACUAAGUUUCGGCCUGGUUUCUUAAACAGGCAGAUAGUGACCUUGCUUUCAACCUUAGAUGUUCCGGAUGAAAUAUUUUGGAACAUGCAGGACCAAAUGAUUUCUAAACUAAACAGAAUACUUGAUGACACUGAUGUGGCAUUUGAUGUUCUCACUGCUUCCUGCGCUGAGCAAGGGAAUACUGCUGCAUUAAUGUUGAGUGCAGGGUUUAAGCCUCGUACAGAACCACAUUUACAGAAAAUGUUAAUUUCAAUAAGAGCUGCGCAGCUUUGGCAACUUAGGGAAAAGGCUCGGAUCUUUGUGCCCCAUGGGAGGUGGUUGAUGGGUUGCCUGGAUGAACUGGGAGUGCUUGAACAGGGCCAGUGCUUCAUCCAAGUCUCCACCCCAUCACUUGAGAACUGUUUCUUGAAGCAUGGUUCGAAGUUUAGUGAAACCAAGACAAAUCUGCAAGUGGUUGAAGGUUUUGUGGUGAUAGCUAAGAAUCCUUGUCUGCACCCUGGAGAUAUAAGGAUUUUGCAAGCUGUUGAUGCCCCCAGACUACACCAUUUACAUGAUUGUCUUAUUUUUCCGCAGAAAGGCGAAAGACCUCACACAAAUGAGGCUUCUGGAAGUGACCUUGAUGGGGAUCUCUAUUUUGUCACAUGGGACGAAAAGCUUGUUCCUCCCAGUAAGAGGAGCUGGACGCCAAUGCAAUAUGAUUCAGCAGAGGCUAAUCUUCUGGGACGCCCAGUCCGUCAGCAGGACAUAAUAGAAUUUUUUUCAAGAAAUAUGAUGGAUGAGAAUCUGGGGACUAUUUGCAAUGCGCAUGUGGUUCAUGCUGACCUCAGUGAGAAUGGCGCUUUAGAUGAAAAGUGCAUAAAACUGGCGGAGUUGGCAGCCAUAGCUGUCGAUUUUCCUAAGACUGGAAAGAUUGUUAAAUUGCCUUCCCAUCUGAAACCAAAACUGUAUCCUGAUUUUAUGGGAAAGGAGGAAUUUCAAUCAUACAAGUCGACCAAAAUUUUGGGAAGACUCUAUCGCAAUAUCAUAGAUGCUUAUGAUGAAGAUGCAACAUCCUCAAAGCUUAAUUCUAUUGCUGGAGAUAUCCCUUAUGAUUCAGAUCUGGAAGUUUCAGAAGCUGCUGAUUUCAUUUCUGAUGCAUGGGAGAAGAAGUGUUCUUAUGAUGUUCAGCUCAAUGGUCUCCUGGGACAGUACAAGGUGAAGAGUGAAGAAGAGGUCGUGACUGGAUUCAUUUGGUCCAUGCCAAAUUAUAACAGCAGGAAGCGAGGGGAUAUUACAGAGAAGCUCAAACAUUCUUACAAUGCCCUGAAGAAGGAAUUUAGGCAAGAAUUUGAGAAAAUGAACUUGGGUUUUGAGCUACUCAGUGAUGAAGAAAAGAACACACUAUACGAACAAAAGGCAUCAGCAUGGUACCAGGUGACUUACCACCCUGAAUGGGUGAAGAAGUCAAUGGAGAUGCAUGACCCAGAUGAUGGUGAGACUGCACCGAUGUUAAGCUUUGCCUGGAUAGCAGCAGACUACCUUGCUCGCCUCAAGAUAAAGCGUAGAGACAUGGUAAGUGUUGACACGACCAAGCCAAUUAACUCCCUUGUAAAGUAUCUCGCUGAUAAAAUAUGAUCAGAAUUUGAAGCUGCUAAAGUGCAGCUUUUGUGCUUCUGCUGCUGCAAACUUUGGUUGCGAGGCCACUCUGCCAUCUUGAGUAAUAAAAGUGUCAAGUAUUUUGGUAUUGCUUCUGCGGAUUUUGAACUUCUGGUUUUUUUUCCAAUAAGAUAUUUCAAGCUAUGUUUGUGUAUUGUAUUCUUCUUCAAGCCCUGUGUUUAUUAAGUUCUUGAACCCCCAACAUUCUACUUCAUAUAAUGGAUUGUGUUGACCUCAAAA